AUGAUGGCUUGCCUAAUGAUGUUUUGGAGAUCAAGAACUCAAUUGUCUGCUAAAUGUUCUGAUGAAGAAGGAAUAUUCUUUGGUAAGGGCAAUGUUGGAACUUUUGACAUUGGUCUAGCAGCAAUGCUUAGAGAGUUUUGUGUCGCCUUGGACACUAUUGAUUGGCCAGAGCGUAUAUAUAUCAUCUUUUCAUGCAAAGUUGUUCUUUUGUCUGUCUCCGUCACAACAAUUGUUGUUUCUCAGUUAUACUUAAGAUAA